AUGGUUCUUUGUUCAGGGAUCUCCGCGGUCAUCUUGUCCGCCUUCGUCCCGCCCGUCAGCACUACGCUCGUCCGGGACACGUGUCCUUUGACGAACGCAGCUUUAAACUGACCACCUUAGCCGUGGAAAGCUUUGGCCGCCUUGGAAAGGAGGGUUACGAGCUCAUCGAUGAACUUGCGACACAUGCCGUGGGAGGAAGGGACGGAGGAACGAUGGCUCUGAAAGGAGUCUUCAAGGAACGACUUCUUCAGAUCGUUUCGGUGGCUACACAGGUAGGUGGCUAUAUCUCGGCGAGUGCAGAGGUACAAGCUCGCAUUGCGCGGGCGUCAAGACGCUGAAAACAGGCGAACAAGAUCGACCUCGAACCAGUCAACGCCAAUGAUAUGGGGAUGGAGUGUAGACGCAUCGUAGAACGCGUUUUCGUUUGAAGUUGGCGUCUUGUUUGAGAGUAGAUGUGACAGAUUUGCGUAGAAUAGGGUAAGAUGUUAUCAUGAACGGAGAAGAAAGGGCUUUUCCAACACGGAGAUGUAGCAUGGAUCAAAGCAUUUGUUGGAUUUCAGCUUUUACAAGAGGACAUCAACGCAGUAGUAUUUUAGCAAGCUUACGAACGCAUAUAGGAUACCAUGAGGAUUGUCAUUGGUUUUAUUUCAAGUUGAAGAGGAGAUAUUUUUACGAUGUAAGUGACAGUAGAAAUAAGUCCUACAUAUGUUGUUGUACUUCGUAUUGGUUAAAUAUUCAUG